GAGAAGGUGGGGCCGAGGAGGAGCCUCCCCGUCCCGCCGUUAAAUUGAAAGCCCUCCCGUUCUCGCGCUCUGUUCCUGUCACAUCUCCAGGUCACAGAAAUGACGUCCUACACAGACAAGGGAGAAAAGCCCCAACGAGGCCGCUUCAUCCAUUUCCACUCCAUCACCUUCUGGGUCGGCAAUGCCAAGCAGGCUGCAUCCUACUACUGCAACAAGCUGGGGUUCGAGGAGCUGGCGUACCGGGGGCUGGAGACUGGCAGCAGGGAGGUGGUGUCACAUGUCGUCAAGCAGGACAAGAUCGUGUUUGUCUUCUCAUCCGCUCUGAACCCAGGGAAUGAGGAGAUGGGGGAGCACCUGGUGAAGCAUGGUGAUGGGGUGAAGGACGUCGCCUUCGAAGUGGAGGACUGUGACUUCAUUGUGCAGAAAGCCAAGGAACGCGGUGCUGUGGUGGUGAAGGAGCCAUGGGUGGAGCAGGACAAAUUUGGGAAGGUGAAGUUUGCAGUGAUCCAGACGUAUGGUGACACCACCCACACCUUGAUAGAAAAGCUCAACUACAAGGGCCUGUUCCUCCCCGGGUACCAGCCUCCCCUCUUCAAGGACCCCCUGCUGCCCAAGCUACCAAGCGCCAAGCUCAGCUUUGUUGAUCACGUCGUGGGGAACCAGCCUGACCUCCAGAUGGUGCCAGUGGCAGACUGGUACCAGAAGAACCUGCUCUUCCACCGCUUCUGGUCAGUGGAUGACAAGCAGCUGCACACCGAGUUCAGUGCCCUGCGCUCCAUCGUGGUCACCAACUACGAGGAGACCAUUAAAAUGCCCAUCAAUGAGCCAGCACCUGGCAAGAAAAAAUCUCAGAUUCAGGAAUAUAUUGAUUACUACGGAGGGGCCGGAGUCCAGCACAUCGCACUGAACACCCCCGACAUCAUCACAGCAAUCACCAACCUGAAGCAGCGGGGCAUGCAGUUCAUGGAUGUGCCCUCCAGCUACUACCAGGUGCUGCGGGAGAGGCUCAAAACUGCCAAAAUCAAAGUGAAGGAGAACAUUGACAAGCUGGCGGAACUGAAAAUCCUGGUGGAUUUUGAUGAAAAAGGCUAUUUGCUCCAGAUCUUCACCAAACCAGUUCAAGACAGACCCACGGUCUUUCUGGAGGUGAUCCAGAGGCACAACCACCAGGGCUUCGGCGCCGGGAACUUCAAGUCUCUGUUUGAAGCCAUAGAAAUGGAUCAGGAUGCCAGAGGAAACCUGACUGUGCUGGAGCCCAACGGGGAGACCAAGAUGAUGUAGAGGAUGGCAGGAAGUGCUGCCCUCAUCCCUAAGGAAUGAGGGACUGGGAAACACCCGAUGUCCUGAUAAAUAGCCCAGACUUGAGAGCCACAAAUCCAGGGAAGCCACUGCCAAACUGGACAAUGUAAAAGGACCCAACACCUCUCCCAACCCCACCCCAGCACUGCCCUUCGGUGACUUCCUGGGAGACAGGGCGUGGGAAAUAGCAAACGCUCUCAAAAAGCAGCUUAAUCUGAUCCAAACCAUGGAAUUCUUAACAAAGGGCAGAUUUAAGGCAUGUGCCAAAGACACGCAGCUACAGAGGAAGACAGAAGAAACAACUGGGAGUGCUCAAAUUUAGUCUAUCCCAAGUUUUAAUUUUAGCUACAUGGGAAGCUGCGAAAGCACGGAGGCGUUUGCCUCUCUGUGCAUCUCCUUUUGUAAGAUUUUGGUUUAAUUGCUUUUAGAGUCAAUCUUGAAUUUGAAUUUGCUGAAAAUAAACAUGGUUUUAGGGUAGCUCCAACACUCUGGAAUGAGAAUUAAUUGUAUUUACAUAUUUCAGCCUUCCCAAGGCAACACAGCCUUGCUCUAAUACCUGUAAAUUCCUGCAUUAAUGAUGGGUUGGGGUUUCUCCUGUGUUCCAAGCAGUAAUUGCCGGCAUUGGCAGUGAUUCCUUGGCUCAGAUCCUGGCUGCAUGUGCAAAGUCCCCUCUGGGUGUUGCUCUGGUGUUGUCACUGUCCUUUGCAUGGUGAAUUCCUCCCCAAUGCAAUAAAUCCCUUUUCUGACACA